AUGGUGCUGGUGGUGCGGCAAGAUCUCAAGAUGGGCGCGGGGAAGAUCGCCGCCCAGUGUGCCCAUGCGGCAGUGGGCAUUCUCACCGACCUGCAAACCAGCAACAAGGCGUUGCUGCGGCACUACGAGGCGUGUGGGCAGCCCAAGAUAGUGGUCACGUGCAGCAACCUCAAGGAGAUGAACGAGUUGAGAGGGAAGGCACAGCAGCACCGGUUGCCUGUCUUCACUGUCUGCGAUGCCGGCAGGACUCAGGUGGGCCUCAGGUGUUUCUUCAGGUGA